GACACGAUUCAUCAGCUGGAGAAUGAGCUUAGAGGAACAAAGUGGGAAAUGGCACGUCACUUGAGGGAAUACCAGGACCUCCUCAAUGUCAAGAUGGCCCUGGAUAUUGAAAUUGCUGCAUACAGGAAGCUACUGGAGGGUGAAGAGACAAGAUUCAGUGCCUUCUCUGGAAGCAUUACUGGACCCAUAUUCACACACAGGCAACCAUCUGUCACAAUAGCAUCCACUAAAAUUCAGAAAACAAAAAUUGAACCACCAAAGCUGAAGGUCCAGCACAAGUUUGUAGAAGAAAUCAUUGAAGAGACAAAGGUAGAGGAUGAAAAGUCUGAAAUGGAAGAUGCCCUAGCGGUUAUUGCAGAGGAAAUGGCAGCCAAGGCCCAGCAGGAAGAAAAAGCAGAAGCAGCAGCUGUAGAAGAAGUUGUUUCUGAGAAGGCUGCUGCAGAACAAGCAGCUGCCCCUGAGGAAGAGAAGGAGGAAGAGGAAGCAGAGGAGGAAGAAGCCGCAAAAUCUGAUGCAGCGGAAGAAGGAGGUUCUGAAAAAGAAGAAAUAGAGGAAAAGGAAGAAGGGGAGGAGGCUGAGGAAGAGGGGGAAGAAGCUGAGGCCAAGGGCAAAGCUGAAGAGGUAGCAGCAAAGGCAGAGAAGGUCAAGACACCUCCCUCAAAGUCACCCCCUAAAUCCCCCCCGAAAUCCCCUGUAACGGAGCCGGCCAAGGCUGUCCAGAAGGAAGCAGCUGCAGAAGUGGGAAAAGAGCAGAAGGUGGAGAAAGCUGGUGAGAAGCCAGCCAAGGAGGAAGAGAAAGCAGCAUCUCCAGAGAAGCCAGCGACACCAAAGGUAACCUCCCCAGAGAAGCCGGCGACCCCAGAGAAGCCUGCAACCCCGGAGAAAGCAGUGACCCCAGAGAAGCCGGCGACCCCGGAAAAGCCCCGCUCUCCGGAAAAGCCGGCGACCCCGGAAAAGCCCCGCUCUCCGGAAAAGCCGGCGACCCCGGAAAAGCCCCGCUCUCCGGAAAAGCCAGCAACUCCAGAGAAGCCCCCUUCUCCAGAGAAGCCGGCCUCCCCGGUCAAAGAUGAAAAGGCUGUGGUGGAGGAGACCAUCACUGUCACAAAGGUAACAAAAAUUAGUGCAGAGGUAGAGAAGGGGUCCAGGAAAGAAGACAUUGCAGUGAAUGGUGAGGUGGAGGAGAAGAAGGAGGAGGAAUCCAAAGAGAAGGAGGUUGAGGAGGAGGACAAGGGAGUUGUCACCAAUGGCCUAGAUGUGAGCCCAAUUGAUGAUAAGGGUGAGAAAAUUGUAGUAACCAAAAAAGCAGAGAAAAUCAUUGAAGGUGGGGACAGUGCAACCACAUAUAUCACAAAAUCAGUGACAGUCACUCAGAAGGUAGAGGAACGUGAAGAAAGCUUUGAGGAGAAAUUAGUGUCCACCAAGAAAGUGGAGAAAGUUACUUCACAUGCCGUAGUAAAAGAGAUUAAAGAGACCGAAUAAAAUAAAUCAUAGCUAAAUUAAAAUAAUUAAAGAGCUUGGGUCGGUGCAAAAGGUUAAGCCAUAUGACAGCUGCAAAAUGCAUGUGAGUGACGGCUUCAAAGCAGAACGGGUUCUCUCAUGGAGGCUCCAGACACACAGUAUUUUACUUUUUUGUGCAAUAUAGGGGAGGGGGGGGGAAUGCAUGCAGGCUCAAGAUGUACUCCCUCCACAGAGCUUGGGGAUCUAAAAAAAUAAUACUAAUAAUAGUGCAUGAGAUGAAAUGUGCAAAGGAAGCUUUUGAAUUUCCUGAGCUGUUGGAGGGACAUAUCUGAGGAACGACUUAAGAUGUAUUAUGCAAAGAACCAACUGAGCCAAAAACAAACAGAAAACAGUAAUAGAAUAUUCAUGAGAACCAGAACUCUCCUAGCCUUAAAAAAAAGCUACUUAUAAAUAAUUGUGUUUACCUCACUGGUGCAAUUAGGGUGGACUUUUGCUCAUGGGAGAACCUAGUUGACAUGCACAGUACGCAACCUUUUGUUGUUUGAUGUAAAACAGUCACAGCAGUUCUUGCUCAAUAAAGGUCAAUACUGAAAACAUGA